AUGGCUACCUAUCAGACCAGCGCGCCCGCCCGCGCGAUUGACGUUGACAGCGAUGUCGAGGAGGAGGCUCUCGUCAACGACUACCGCGAGCAGGUCCAGUACGAGGACGGCGAGGAGCUCAGCCAGACCAACAGCGUCCCCCAAACCGACGACAUCCAGGCCCGCCUCGUCCAGGCGGCGCAGCCUCUCGACUUUUCCGCUCCGCUCGAGGUCAAGUUCCAGAGCUACGACUCGUACUGCAGCUUGUUCCACUUCAUUCUCAACUCGGACGGCCCCGUGGAUCUCGAGCCCCCUUCAUACUACUGGGCUUGGGAUGUGAUUGACGAGUUCAUCUACCAGUUCAACUCCUUCUCCACGUAUAGACUGCGACUGGCUCGUCAGGCUAACAACGAUGAGGAGCUCCAGAUCCUCAAGGAGAACCCCAACACCUGGGGCUGCUACAGUGUCCUCAACGUCCUGUACUCUCUGAUUCAACGGUCGCAGAUCACCGAGCAGCUGGCCGCCAUGAAGCGUAACGAGGACCCCAUGGCUGUGGCCGGCGAGUACGGCUCCAAGAAUCUGUACCGCAUGCUCGGAUACUUUUCCAUCAUCGGUCUGCUCCGCGUCCACUGCCUGAUGGGCGAUUUCGGCCUGGCCCUCAGGACCCUCGACGACAUUGAGCUCAACAAGAAGGCCAUGUUUGCGCGCGUCAUGGCCGCCCACUUCACCACAUACUACUAUGUCGGCUUCUCCUACAUGAUGAUGCAUCGCUAUGCUGAUGCCAUCCGCAUGUUUAGCCACAUUCUCAUCUACGUGUCGAGGACCAAGAACUUCCAGAAGAACGCACAAUACGACUCCAUCACCAAGAAGAACGAGCAGAUGUACGCGCUCAUCGCCAUCUGCGUCGCGUUCCACCCCACCCGCCUGGACGACACCAUCCACACCGCACUCCGCGAAAAGUACGGUGACCAGCUCCUAAAGCUACAGCGCGGCGGCCCCGAGUCCCUUCCCAUCUUCGAGGAGCUUUUCCGCACGGCCUGCCCCAAGUUCAUCUCGCCCGUCGUCCCCGAUUUUGAGAACCCCGAGGCCAACCUAGACCCGGUCGAGCACCACCUCGCCGUCUUCAUGGACGAAGUCAAGACCAACAUGUGGAGCCCCACCAUCAAGUCCUACCUUCGCCUCUACACCACCAUGGACCUCAGCAAGCUCGCUGGCUUCCUCGAGGUCAAGCCCGAUGAGCUCCGCUCCUGGCUCAUGGUCACCAAGCAGCGCACGAAGCAGCUCCGCUGGCAGGAUAAGGGCCUGCUCGACGGCGACCUUGUCAACGUCAGCGACCUCGACUAUGCCCUGCAGGGCGAUCUGAUUCAUAUUUCUGAGGCCAAGGUCGGCCGCAAGCUCGUUGACUGGUAUCUCCGUAAUCUGUCCCGCACGUACAACUAA